GUAGGCGGACGGCGGAGUCUGGUAUCGUUGUUAUGGCGGCCAUGAGCGUCCUGGUGUCUGCCCUGGAGUCCUACCGGGAGCGCGAUCGGCUGAUCAGGACUUUGGGUUAUGGCUGUCAGCUUGUUGGCGGUGUCUUGCUCGAGGAGUCUCAUGCCAAAUCUGAAGUGGGGAAAAGUCUCCUGGUUUUCUCUGAGCAGCUCAGCCACUGUAGGACAGUACUGCGUUUGUUUGAUGACCUGUCCAUGCUGGCUUAUACCAAGCAGUAUGGCCUAGGCACUAAGGAAGAAGAUGCCAUCCUGCGUUGGAUGUUUGUUUUCAAUAACUUGGCCGAUCAGCUCUACUAUCCCUGUGAGCAUAUUGCAUGGGCUGCCGACGCUAAAAUUAUUCGUGCGAACUCUGCCAAGUGGUGGACAUUUAGCACCUCUCUCUGGGGUAUUUCUCUUCUCCUAGGAAUCGGAAGAUCUCUGAGGAUUGUGCUUAAGCUGAGAAGAGUGCUGAGGAGCCCAGAAGGAAAGUUCAUCGGCCAGCCUUCCAAUAGGGAUCGAAAGGUGAUCCAAGCUCAGAUGAAGUCGGAAGUUCUAAAUCUUCUCAGCAAUUUGGCCGAUCUCUCCAAUGCGAUCCACUGGAUGCCACCAGGGUUUCUUUGGGCCGGAAGGUUUCCUCCGUGGUUGGUGGGUCUGAUGGGCACCAUCUCCUCCCUGAUUGGUCUGUACCGAGUAUGCGUCGGGGGAAAUGCUGGCUCUCUCUGAAGUGGCCACACCUGGACACUGACGAUUCGGAAGAUUAAGGUGCAACACUAGAGUCACCGGAGCAGGAGUGAAGGCUCUCGGAAAAAGUAGAAGUUAGGGAUCUUAAGCUUUCAGCAGGGAUCACGUCUCCCAGGCGCUCAGCUCAGGGCUUUGCACAGCGCAGGCGACGAUAAAUACCGUUGUUUGAUUAGUACUGAAAUUACCCCCAACAGGGAAAAUUCUCCCUACGAGUCUGUGAAGCAAAAUAAGAGGUGGGUUGAAUGUGGAAAAGUAAGAUUAAAAGAUGAAAAGAAUGGA